AUGUAAAAUAAAUUUUUAAAUCACAUAACCCAUUUGGAGGCUGAAAAUUCUGCAUCAUCUGGAUCUCAUUGGUUGUUGAUCACUGGAAUAAUAGUAGGCAGUUUGGUAGGGAUAGCUGGCCUGGUUUUUGGCUACUUAAAAUAUCGAUAAUAUAGGGUGUAUUAGGAAUAUUCUUAGAGACCAGAGAGUGGAAUUCCGAGGGAGAGGAUUGGGUUUGCUCAACGAAACAAAUUUCGAUUCUGGAAACUGUAUGAGAAUAAGGAGGAACCCAAUGAUGAUCUCGUGAAGUAACAGCAAAAAGAAAAUUAUUACGGAUAGUACAUCGAGUUGACCUUCCUGUGCAAGCCUGGGGAAACAUUAACCAUAAGAGCAGACAAGCCAAUGGCAAGAGACGCCACAUCCUAUUUUGAGAUUGAGAUAGAAGACAAUCCAAGAAACUGUGACAUCAUAAUAGGGUUUUGUUCAUCUAAGGAGUAUCAGAAGCAGUUUUCUUUGGGUCGUACCUAGACCAGUGUAGGAUUCCAUUCAUUGACAGGCCAAGUGUUUUAGGGGAACAAUUUACAUCAACAUCAUAAGUUUCAAGCUGUCUAUGGGGAAACAAUAGGAAUUGGUAUUAGAUAGAAGGAUGGGAGAGUGUGGUUGAGUUGACAAUGGGAAAUUCUUGAAUCCUCCACCACCAAGUGAGGGCAAGAGUUAGGAGGACAUGGAGAAGGAGAAAAAGAAGGAGGAUGCAGAUAGUGAAAUUGAUAUUGACUUGAAUAAUAAGAAUAAGGAGAUUGAGGAGACCAGGAAGGCCUUGGUUUUGAGUAUGGGAGAGAAUCUGGAAUUGUACCCAGCGAUUAGCGUCAAUGGACGUUGUAAAAUCAAUUUGAAUGUUGGAGGCAUGCAGUUUAGAAUGAAUCAAAAGGAAUUGAAACAUGGACUGUUGCAUUGAUUGAUAAUAAUAACAAUAAAUAUAUAUAUAUUUUAAUAUUUUA